GUUUUGGCAGACAUUACUCAGCAUGGCCGAACACGAGAGCAAGAACCGGGAUGAUAUAGAGGCGCCCGAAGACAUCACAACUACGAAGGAGAUUGAAGAGAUCCUCCCCGCGAAGGAACGCCCUUAUGACGAUGUCUUUGGCGAAGUUGCUGAGAAUGGGCCCAAUUAUCGCAGUGUGGGAUGGCUGGGAGCCAUGGUGCUGAUGUUGAAAACCCAAAUUGGCUUGGGUGUUCUCGCCAUACCUUCAAUUUUUGACACCGUUGGCCUGAUCCCUGGGGUCCUUUUGAUCGGUAUAAUUGCAGGGAUUGCGACAUGGACGAGUUACAUGGUGGGCAUUUUCAAAUUGAAACAUCGCGAAGUAUAUGCCAUUGACGAUGCCGGCUGGGUGAUGUUCGGACGAGUGGGUCGUGAGGUAUUCGGCGCCGCAUUUAGUCUUUAUAUGAUAUUUGUUGCCGGAUCAGGAAUCCUCGGUAUGUCCAUUGGAUUCAAUUCUGUGUCGGCUCACGGAACGUGCACCGCGGUGUUUGUCGCUGUCUCCGCCAUAGUUGGGAUGCUCUUUGCCAGCGUCCGCACGUUAAGUCGAAUCACAUGGAUAGCCUGGGUCGGGUUGUUUUGCAUCAUGGUAGCCAUUUUGAUUGUCACCAUCGCCGUCGGCAUUCAGGACAGGCCAUCUUCAGCGCCACAAACUGGCGCAUGGUCCUCGGAUUACAAACUUUUCGCAUACCCAUCCUUUGCACAAGGCGUCUCGGUCGUCUCCUCGCUAAUUUUCGCAUGCUCUGCCACCCCAGCAUACUUCUCCAUCGUGGCCGAAAUGCGCGAGCCUCGCUAUUUCAUCCGAUCUCUCGUGAUCGCUCAGGUUGGUUCAACAUUAAUCUAUAUCGUUGUCGGCAUCGUCAUCUAUUAUUUCUGUGGCUCAUAUGUUGCCUCACCUGCUUUGGGAUCCGCUGGUCGUCUUAUCCAAAAGGUUUCUUACGGGAUCGCGCUGCCGGGACUGCUUGCCACAACCACUAUCUUCAUUCAUUUACCGAGUAAAUAUAUCUUCGUCCGCCUUCUGCGAGGGUCCCGGCAUCUAAGUUCGAACUCGCCCACCCAUUGGAUAAGUUGGAUUGGGUGCACGCUCACCGUCACACUUAUCAGCUAUCUGAUCGCAAGCGGCAUUCCCUUUUUCGACAGCCUCGUUUCACUCAUCGGAGCACUACUCGGUGCAUUUCUCGCAUAUAUACCCGCUGGUGCCAUGUGGUAUUACGAUAACUGGUCUCAGCGGGCCAACCGGAAUUGGAAGUGGUCAUGCAUGGCUUGUUGGGCUGUGUUUAUAAUCGUCGCCGGCGUAUUUAUCACAGUUGCAGGCACAUAUGGCUCAGUCAUUAGCAUCAUUGAUUCUCUUCAGAAUGGAGGAUUAAAGCCAUGGACUUGUUCUGACAACUCCAACAUGUCGUGA